AGAAAGAAAGGGAGGGAGCUGAACACGGAAGCGGUGGUAAGGUCUAGGCAGCGAGUGGAGGCGGUGACCGCGACGUCUCAGACGGGAACCCUGAGCCGAGAGGUGGGAACUUGCUGAAAGGCAAUCGCCUUGCAGGACUUAGAUGAGGUGCAGGAGUGGCUGGGCCUCCCUCCACCUCAGCGAGCACCCAGACGGAUGGCGAUGGUGAUGGCGGCAGUUACUCGGACAGCUCCAGUUAAACUGCGCUUGGAGAGGUACAUGAACGUGCCUAAAAGAAAUUUCCUUCCAGAAAAACUGAAAAAGCAAUACUUAUAACACUGGAAUUUUUUAAUAAUUUAUUACAAUGGCAGAAAAUAGUGAAAGUAAUAGUAAAAAUUUAGAUGUCAGACCCAAAACUAGUCGGAGUAGAAGUGCUGACAGAAAGGACGGCUAUGUGUGGAGUGGAAAGAAGUUAUCUUGGUCAAAAAAGAGUGAAAGUUGUUCAGAUGCUGAAACAGUAAAUGCUAUAGAAAAAACUGAAGUUCCUUUGCGCAGCCAAGAAAGAAAGCACAGCUGUUCAUCCAUCGAGUUGGAUUUAGAUCAUUCCUGUGGCCAUAGAUUUUUAGGCCGAUCUCUUAAACAGAAACUGCAAGAUGCUGUGGGGCAGUGUUUCCCAAUAAAGAAUUGCAGUGGUCGCCACUCUUCAGGGCUUCCAUCUAAAAGAAAAAUUCAUAUUAGUGAACUCAUGUUAGAUAAGUGUCCUUUCCCACCUCGAUCAGAUUUAGCCUUUAGAUGGCAUUUUAUUAAACGGCACACUGCUCCCAUCAAUCCCAAAUCAGAUGAAUUGGUAAGCACAGACUUGUCUCAGAGUGAAAUGAGAGAUGGUCAGCUACAACAAAGAAGAGACAUGGAAGAAGAGGUGAACUGUUUUUCACAUCCCAGUGUUCAGCCCUGUGUCAUAACCACCAACAGUGCUUCAUGUAGGAGUGGUCCUAUGACUGGCUCUGUGAUGAACCUAGUUUCAAAUAACAGUAUAGAAGAUAGUGAUAUGGAUUCAGAUGAUGAAAUUAUAACACUUUGUACAAGUUCCAGGAAAAGAAACAAACCCAAAUGGGAGAUGGAUGAAGAAAUCCUGCAGUUGGAAACAACUCCUAAGUACCACACCCAGAUUGAUUAUGUCCACUGUCUUGUACCAGACCUUCUUCGGAUCAAUAACAAUCCAUGUUACUGGGGAGUUAUGGAUAAAUAUGCUGCGGAAGCUCUACUAGAAGGAAAACCAGAGGGUACUUUACUUCGUGACUCAGCACAGGAAGACUAUUUAUUUUCUGUUAGCUUUAGACGUUAUAGUCGUUCUCUUCAUGCUAGAAUUGAACAAUGGAAUCACAACUUUAGUUUUGAUGCACAUGAUCCUUGUGUCUUCCAUUCUCCUAACAUUACUGGGCUCCUAGAACAUUAUAAGGACCCAAGUGCCUGUAUGUUCUUUGAACCACUUUUAUCCACUCCUUUAAUUCGGACUUUCCCCUUUUCCCUGCAGCAUAUAUGCAGAACAGUUAUUUGUAACUGUACAACUUAUGAUGGGAUUGAUGCCCUUCCAAUUCCUUCUUCUAUGAAAUUAUAUCUGAAGGAAUAUCACUAUAAAUCAAAAGUUAGAGUACUCAGGAUUGAUGCACCAGAACAACAGUGUUAGGUAAAGGGUUGGAAGAAAGGAAUUUAAAUAUUUUAUUUUUGUUAAUGCUACUUUGAAUUUUUCUACAAGGGCAGUUAGAGUCCAAAAUAAACCUCUGCCCUAAAUUUUGCUUCCAGAUCAGUUUAUUUUUCUCAUGAUACACUAAUUCUUUAAGGUUACACACUAAGGGUUAGUGGGUAUUUUUGACCAGGUGUUUGGUUUUUGUUUCUAUCAUACAGAAUGUAUACUUAACUUUUUUUCUUUUCUUAAUUGUAAUUUGCAUAUGAUCCAGGGAUAUUUGAAUUUGGUAGACAUUGUAAACACAGUUAAAAAUCUGUAUUUCAUCAUUUUCUUUAAAAAUAGCCCUAUGUCCUUUCCUACGUGUAAAAUGCUUUGUUAACCUAUGCCACUGGCAUUCCUAUACAUAAAAUAUGGUUUCCUCAUCCCCCUUUUCAGAGUUGUUUUUAAAUUCUUGAGUAAAGCUGAGUGUUGUAAUUCACAAUCCAUAUUAAUGUAAUUGACUUUAGUAAUUUGCUAAUAGGGAUGUUAAAGUUAACAAAAUGGCUUAAAUCAAAUUAGUGUUUUUAUGUAAAAUAUUAACUAUAAAGCAGGAUUACUAAAUUUGAUCAGUAAGAAUCAAAUGAGAAUGUGACAUUUUUAAAGGUGAAUUUAUUCUACAAUAUGGCAUGGUCAUUUGUUAUUGUUUGAAUAGACCUCUUGAAACCUGGAAGAGUUACCAUCUUCAGAACCUAAAUAUUAUUCCUUUCUCACUAGGCGCUUUAAAAAUAAUGAUAGUACUGUUAGUAAGUAGUAGUCACUAAAGUACUGAAGCAACUGUGUGGCUUUUCUUCAUUGACUAAUGAACUGUUACUCCUACUUAGCUCUUUUAUAGAAACUCUGAGCCUAUUAUUUGGGGAAAUGCCACAGUUCAUAAACAAAUUUUCAUUGAUCCCUGUGUAGUUUUUCAUUAUUUUAAAUUGAGCUUGAGUAAAUCUUCAAAAGUAAACAUAGAGCUUAUUAUUUAGAAAGCUUAAUACUGUUUUUGACCUUCAGGUUUCAAAUAAUUAUUUUCAGAGUUAACGUGUUACUGUGGCUUCAAAAAGGGGAAAACAUUUUGAGAGCUACAUGGCUUAUGCCAUACUGAUCAGUACGGGCAACAGGUGUAAUAUUUUAAGUUUACUGUCCCCAAGAAGAGGAAAGCAUUUAGAAACAUAAUUAUUUCAAUGAGAUAAAUGAAGUGAUAUUUAUCCAUCCCCUUUUUUAAAGAAUCAGUGAAUAAUAAAUUUCCUAAAUAGUUGUUUCUUCUGAUGAGCUGUUUACCACUUUGUAAAUUGCCAUUUUUAAUAUCAUAGUAAUUAAUUUCUUGAUGCUGCUUUAGCCCUACUAGAAAACAGAUUCUACCUGAGUUGAAAGAAAUUUGACUCAAAUUUCCAAGUUAGAACAGCCAUUUCUUAAAUAUCAUUGCUUUUAUGUUGAAGUAGCAUUUCUCUUUUGUGCAGUUCUGCUGCUAAUGGAAAGAUGCCAUUUUUUUCAAUAAUAGUAUUAAAAUAAAUUCUUAGCAAUUACCACAAAAUUAAACCAAGAAAAUCUGUUCCCAUUAUCUGCUAGCAUUUUUUUUCUCGGUGAUCUCAAGAUUGUCUCAGUUCCAAUGAAAGGUAGCUCCUAGAGUAGCACCUCUCUCAGCAGUGAUGAGGCUCAGAAUCUCAACACCAAUGUCAGGACAAAUAUUUCUUCUAAAGAGAUAUUUCCCUUUUACAAAAGAAAAGUCUACUACUACCUCGACUUUAUUGAGGCACUUUUAUAGAUCACUGAGAGCUUAUCUUACUUACCAAUAUAACAUUUCCUAAAUACUCAUCUUUGAUGAGAGAAAACUAAUAGUAUGGUAAGACUACCCAUGGUUAUAAUUUUUUUAUCAGAAUUUGAUAAUGAGACUUUCUGUUUCUAUGAAACAAUUAUUUUAAAUAUUUUCUUUAAAAAUAGCUUUUUAUUGGUACAGAAAAACCUAAGGGAUGACAAGCUAACAAAUAUUCUGUUAAAAGGUAAUUUUAUAAAGAAAAAUGAAGCAUAAUUAUGUUUUAUAAUGAUAAAAAUUGGUAUUUAUAUAAAAAUCAUGAUCUAAGUAGCUUUUCACAUAGUCAAACUGGUUAUGGUAUAUUUUCUCUGGCUUAUUUUCUCAACUUCAAUUAGUAGCUCUUAACAUUUUCAAAAUGCUGCCAUGUAUAUAGCCUUGAAGUAGAUCUAAUAAAUGAGAAGAGGAAGAGUCAUUUACUCUGAAAUGGUUUGUAUUUUUCCCUUGGUAUUUGCUAUAGUAAAAAGAAAUCUGGAAAGUAGAAAUAUAAAAGACUUGAGAAGAAAGUUGUUUACCAUGAAGGAAAAAGAAAAGAGUAACAAAUUCAUUUUUUAAAGCACUAAGAGAUCGGAAUUUAUAAAAGUUAAUCGCUUUCUCGGCUACUUUGUGGGGAUAUAUUUAGAAGAGCAUCCAAUAUUUAGAAGCUAAUACAUUUAUUAAAAUGAAAUUAGGAAAAAUGUGAGUAAAAUGAGUAAGUUUUGAGAGGGACAAUGUGGGAAGAUACAAAUAUAUCUGUAAAUUUUGUAACACUUAAGGCAUUGUGACAAUUUGAAAAGUAAAUUCUGGAGUUCAGAAAGCAUUCAGAAAGGUGGAAAUGUGUAGAGCUUAUUGGUAAGAGGAUGAGGCUAAAAGAAACAAGAUAAAAUAUUAAAAUUAAGAAUUUAGGCUUUACCUCAGGGAAAAGCCUUGACAGUGAAAGGGAGCUACUUCAUUGCUAAUAGCUAGUCUGGACCAGACACUUAACUGCUUUGGGAAUCAUCCUGCACUAAUCAGGAAGGAAACUUGACUUCUCUAUUUCUCUUGAAGCUGUUCAGGACAUUAACCCCCCUUUUUUAAGCUACAGCAUCUUGAUUCAUACUAUAAUUCCUAAAAUAUGCUGACGGACUUUUUAAGGUUCCUUGAGCAUUUUUGUAUGAAGAAUCAUGUAUGAUGUUUCUAUAAUCAUGCCAUUCACUUAAAUAAUUCAUAAAGGGCAUGGUUUAAUUUAAAGGAAGACCUAAUAGGAAGAAGAUUAGAGGAAGCUUUUAGUCAGCCUGUGGCUAGAUUUAUUGAUUUGGUGAUCAGACCUGUGUUCUUUCCUAAAUUUCAGCUGAUGGCAAACCGUGGUCAAAGAAUGGCUUUCAGUUAAAGUUUUGACUUCUUUUAUAAAUAAUAAUACAAACAAUGUCUUAGAAAUUAGGAAUCCUUUAAAAAGAGCAAAGUGUGGCAAUUAGGACUCAUAUCAUUAUACAAAUUUCAUUUCUUUUUAUAAGAAAAACAAACCAUUAUCAUUUAUUCAUGAGCCAAGUCCAUUAAGAAGAUAAAUCAAGUUAUCAGCUUCCUGUCUCUGAAGUUUGGAUCAUUUUAUAGAUCCACAUAAUAGAGAGCUUCCUUCCUAUGAAACAAAAAAACCUUGAGACCUAACUCGUGAAUAUAUGCUUAGUUUUUAUUUUUUUUAUUUUUUAAAUAUAUUUUAUUGAUUAUGCUAUUAAAAUUGUCUCAUUUCCCCCCUUUUUUCCCUCCGCCCUACACAUCUCCUGCCACCAGCAUUCCCCCGCUGUAGCUCAGGUCCAUGGUCGUACAUACAAGUUCUUUGGCUUCUACAUUUCCUAUACUAUUCUUAACCUCCCCCUGUCUGUUUUCUACCUACCAUUUAUGCUACUUAUUCUCUGUACCUUUUCCCUCACUGAUAACCCUCCAUGUGAUCUCCAUUUCUGUGAUUCUGUUCCUGUUCUAGUUGUUUGCUUAGGUUUUGUUUUUGUUUUUGUUGUAGGUUCGGUGGUUAAUAGCCGUGUUUGUUAUUUUACUGUUCAUAUUUUUUAUCUUCUUUUUCUUAGAUAAGUCCCUUUAACAUUUCAUGUAAUAAGGGCUGGGUGAUGAUGGACUCCUUUAACUUGACCUUACCUGAGAAGCACUUUCUCUGCCCUUCCAUUCUAAUUGAUGGCUUUACUGGAUAGAGUAAUCUUGGAUAUAGGUCCUUGCCUUUCAUGACUUCAAAUACUUCUUUCCAGCCCCUUCUUGCCUGUAAGGUUUUGUUUGAGAGAUCAGCUGAUGAUCUAAUGGGAACUCCUUUGUAGGUAAUGGUCUCCUUUUCUCUUGCUGCUUUUAAGGUUCUCUCAUCUUUAAUCUUAGCUAAUGUAAUUACGAUGUGCCUUGGUGUGUUCCUCCUUCGGUCCAACUUCUUUGGGACUCUCUGAGCUUCCUGGACUUCCUUAAAGUCUAUUUCCUUUGCCAGAUUGGGGAAGUUCUCCAUUAUUUGUCAAAUAAGUUUUCAAUUUCUUGGUCUUCCUCUUCUCAUCCUGGCACCCCUAUGAUUUGGAUGUUGGAAUGUUAAGAUGUCCUGGAGAUUCCUAAGCCUCUCCUCAUUUUUUUUGAAUUCUUGUCUCUUCAUUCGGUUCUGGUUCAAUGUUUCUUCUGCUCCAAACCAUUGAUUUGAUUCCUGGUUUCCUUCCUGUCACUGUUGGUUCCCUGCAGAUUUUUCUUUAUUUCACGUAAUGCAACCUUCGCUGCCUGGGUCUUUUUUUAUGCUGUUGAAGUACCCAGUGAGUUCCUGGAGCAUCCUGGUAACCAGUGUUGUGAACAGUGCAUCUGACAGGUUGGCUAUCUCUUCAUCACUUAAGUUGUAGUUUUUCUGGAGCUUUGAACUGUUCUUUCAUUUGGACCAUUUGUUUUUUGUUUUGUUUUUUUUGUCUUGGCCCGCCUGUUACGCAGUAAGGGGCGGAGCCUUAGGUGUUCACCAGGGCUUGGCAACCCACAUGGAUGCAUUGUGAUGCUCUAUGUGGGGGAGGGGUCUGAGGGAACAAUGCCGACUGCUUUGCUCUCAGCUGCCUUUUUAGCUCUCAGCUGGCUUUCAGUCACUUCCACUGCUACCCACAAUCAAAUUGGGCCCUUCUGGUUCUGAUUCCUGGUUGGGUGGGUUUGUGUAUGUUCUAAGACCCUAUGGGUCUCUCCAACGAAUUCUCCUGUGAGUCUGGGUGUUUCUCUCGCUGCCACCACAACCCCCACAAGUGUUUUCAGUUAGAGGCUUUGAGGCUUUAGUUCCCUGCUGCUGGAACCCUGGGUUGCGUGGUCUGUCUUGCUCCCUAGUUGUUUGUUCCUCCCGGUUUAUCUGCACUUGAAUGGAGGACCCCCACCGCCUUGCCUGCCCCAGUCCACCAGCCUUGCCACAAGUCCUCUCCACUCCUACUGGUCUGGAUGAAUGUUUUUUCUUUAUCUCCUUGGUUGUCAGCCUUCCAUACAGUUUAAUUUUGUCAGUUCUGGUUUUUUUUUUUUUUAAUUUGUUGUCCUUCUUUUGGUUGUGCGAGGAGGUACAGUGUGUCUACCCAUGCCUCCAUCUUGGCCUGAAAUUUCUAUAUGCUUAGUUUUUAUUAAAAAUAUUUUUUGUCACUCUUAGCUAUAGAUAGUCAAAUCAGUUAUGUAUUGAUUUUGGUAGGGCAACUUGCAUAAGAAAGUAGAUUUACAAUCAUUGUAAGAUGCCUGGAGACAACUCAAGGGAAACAAUGCUGAAACUUAAAAUAGCCUGUGUUUUAGGUAAUUUAAUGCUCAAAUGAAUAAAAUAUUUUAAGUCAAGCAGAUUGUUUCUACUUUGGAAAAACACCUUUACAAUUUUGGUUUUAAUUAGUUUUACAUUCAUUUUAUUUCUAAAGAAUGAACAGAAAGCACAAAGCAUUUUCUUUCCUAAUGACCUACUAGAAAUCAGCAAUACUGCAAGACUGUACUAUUCCAAUACACCAAUAUAUUGGACACAAAAUGGACAUAACUUUUUGAAAUGCAUUAUUAGUUUUUCAGUAGAAAUGUAGACUAAUGGAUAUAACCCAUUGGAAAGGGAUUUGGGGCAUGUGAAUCUUAUUUCAAAUAAAGCCAGAGUCUUUUAAUUUUUUACUUUUGAAUAGGUUAUUCAGUCCUAAAUAUUUGCCUUAAUUUCCCAGCCUAUAAAAUGUAGAUAAUACUUGUCACUUGACUUCUGAAGGUUAAUUCUUCAGUUAAGAGGUCACCCUUGGAACAUACUUGAAAAUAAUUUCUGUACAACUGUUAAGUGCUAAUGUGGUAAUAGGUUUUCAAGGUAGACCUUACUGGACCCUGCAGAUUCACAUUCACUUUUAGUCUGUAAAAUAUGACAAUAGAGAAAACAGUACAAUUUGAAUUUAUGGUUUAGACUCUGCAUUUAGGUGAAGAGUUGCAAUUUCUUCCUGCUUUUAGUAAGGUUUAUGUAAAAUUGAUGUUUGCCUAAAUUAUUUUAAAAGUUGGUUACAUUUGUAGGAAGUAAAGAUACCACAUUUUAUUGUGCUUCACUUUAUUACACUUCACAGAUACCAUUGUGUUUUCUUCAUUGAAGGUUUGUGGCAGCAGGUCUACUAGCAUCUUUUUUUCUAACAGCAUUUGCUUAUUUCAUGUCUCUGUGUCACAUCUAGGUAAACCAGUAUUUCAGACUUUCAUUAUUAUAUUUGUUAUGAUGAUCUGUGAUCAGUAACCUUUGUAAAGGCUCAGCUGAUGGUUAGCAUUUUUAGCAAUAAAGUAUUUUUUAAUUAAGCUAUAUACUUUUUAGACCUAAUGCUACUGCACACUUAAUACAGUAUAGUGUAAACAUAACUUUUAUAUGACUGGGAACCCAAAAAAUUCAUUUGACUUGAUUUAUUUUGAUAUUUGCUUUACUUUAGUGGUCUGGACUUGAACCUACAACAUUGCCAAGGUAUGCCUGUAAUCAUUUUGUAGUGGUUAUAAUCAAAUCUUACCUUUCAAACUACAGAGUGUGAAAUUCAAGGAAGUUUACUUAAAUUAUGCUAAUUUUGCUGGAAUUGGAUAAAUUCUGUAUAAACCACAUAUGAACUCGAAGUAUACUUCAAUAUACAGAGUUUAAGUAGUAAACUCACAAAGCUAAUAGUACCCCUGUCAGGGUUCUAAGAUCCACCCCUUACCCAAAAAAGACUAUUGCCAUUUUUAUCUCUAAUCCUGAAGUUGUUAGUUUUUUCUUGGAUGUGAGUUCAAAUAAAUUGACCUUAAUAAAUUUUUGUUCCUUAAUUAAAACUUCAUAUACA